ACAAGUGAUCACUUUCCGGUGCUCAUUCUCUCAUAUCACCACUAAUUACAGUGUUGGCCAUCGUUGUCGCCUAAGGCACCACGCCCAUACGUGGGCGUUAUUAUGCAGAAGAAGCCACCAUUGCCGUUGACCGCAUUCAUCGGUGGUCCGACGCUCAUACACGCCUCGCAAUCGGCGAUUAGUUCGAGCAGCAGUAGCAGCAUUGGCAGCGGCAUGUGUUUUCCAAGCAGUAAAAGUGGUAGUGGUGGUGGCGGCUCAAGCGGUGGCAGCGGUGGUGGCGGCGGGUCGGGAGAAAAGCAACGCGGCGCUGGCGGCUUGUGCGGCUGCCAGAAGGCGCCCAAGUCACAUUGCAUAUCGGCGACAGGCGUACUCCUGCUCGUGCUGCUCUACACCGCCAUGGGCUCCAUUAUUUUCGUCACACUUGAGGGCGAACUGGAUGACACCAGUGCGCUUGAGACCGCAGUGGCGGCAUCGAAAAAGUUUCCACGCACCGAACUAGCCAAUGAACAAAUAAGAUCACGCACUGUGGAUCGUUUGUGGUCGAUUACGGAGGAUUUGAAUAUUUUAUACAAAGAGAAUUGGACACGUCUGGCCGCGCAGGAGGUGCAGCAUUUCCAGGAGACAUUAUUGCGCGCCGUUCGCCAAUCGAAAAUUUAUCAACCCGGCGAACAAAUGAAUCCACCCACACACAAGUGGACUUAUGCAUCGGCGUUUCUUUAUUCAUUAACAUUAAUUACAACAAUAGGUUAUGGCGGUAUUUCGCCGCGCACGCAGUGGGGUCGCAUCGCCGCACUCAUCUACGCGCUCUUCGGCAUUCCCAUCGUGCUGCUAUACCUAUCCGCCAUGGGUGAGGGUCUCUCCGCCGCCAUGCGCUGCCUCUUCCGCAAAGCGCGCUCCAAAAGCGCCGUAAGCAACGGCAGCGGCGCUGGUAAUACAGGCAAUAACGGUAGCGGUGGCACUAGUAGCGGCAACGGCAAGUUGCCACCGAAUGACAGCGGUAAAAGUGCGAAUAAAAUUUAUCAUCACAGUGGCGGUGGCAGUGGGAAGCUACAUUCCGCCGCUGCGCAUCAUUAUGGACUGCCCAAGCCCGCCUAUCAUCAUAGCGGCUCCAUCGGUAUGGGUAUGCAUGCGUCGACACACAGUCCCAGCGUGCCCAUCUCCAUAUGCGUCAUGGUGCUGGUUUGUUACGUCACUUCAGGCGCAGUGCUCUUCCACAAACUGCAAAACUGGAGCGUGUUAGAGGCGCUUUACUUCUGCUUCACUUCGCUGGGCACCAUCGGUUUCGGCGAAUUGGCGCCCACCGGCAACCUCACACUGUAUCUCGCAUCCGCGUACAUACUCGUCGGCAUGGCCGUGGUGGCCAUGUGCUUCAGUCUCAUACAAACCGAGAUUGUAAUGUGGCUGCGCAAAUUCAGCGUACAAGAUCACGUGAUGCCGCAAGGCGAGGACGUUGCGCUUGUCUCCGUGGCAGUCACGCCGAAGUCCUCUUGACAACGACCUGCUGCUGAGCUGCUCGCCUUGAGCGGUGGCGGCGGCGGAAACAGCAGCAACGGCAAUUCCAAUAUGCCGGCGCAACUUGGCGGUUUCGGCGGUAACACACUAGGCCAUCACCAGACGAUGUUCUUUGGACCGGCGCAUACGCUCACACAGUACAGUUCGCUGCCACGGCGUUCGGCGGGUUCUGCUUUCCAACGCAACACACCCAUACGUCGCUCCACCGGCAUACCCGAGCACCACAUGGAGUAUUUCGUGCCGCGCAGCGUUAGUGAGUUCAAUUUAUCGGGUGUCGGUGAUUUGGCGCUACCCCCAGCGCGCCGUUACUCCCCAACCAUACAACAUGGCGGUGGCGGCAUGGGUAUGGCUGGCGGUCUACCGCACGCUCUGCAGCUGGGCCCACCACAGACGCUCAUUUGCACAGGGCAACCGCCACCACCGCAGCAAAUGCAGAUCAUUAUGAAACCACGCGAGAAAAUGGUCACCUUCGAGGACGAGUCGAAAGCUAUGAAUGCGGCAGCAGCGGCUUCAGGUGUGAACACUUCGAAUGCCAGCACAGCGACGCAUUGUCCACACGGCGUGCCGACGACGCCGCGCAAAGCGGGCGGCAUGGUCAGCGCCGGCGCUGACGUCUUUAUGUGACGCGAAUCGCUAAGAUGACCGCACAGCCUGCUGCUAAGCGACAGGGCUGCUGACGAUGCUGCGGUAGCAUAUGCGGCCAUGGGCGCGCCCACAAUGCUGGAUGACAGCUUGGGUGGCGUCGCAGCAGGCGCGGCGUCCACAGCCAACGCAACAACGGCGGCGAGCACAAGCGCCCACAGCGCAGGCCUAGAUAGUGACAACGAGCACGACUCACUGGCUGGCAGUCUCAGUGAACUGACGACCAAGUCGAAAUCGACACCAGGCGACGUGAUACGCGUGUGAGUGUGCGGCGGCGGCAUUUUUUUAUACUAAGCUAAGGCUCAAGCGCAUAGUCAUCAGCACAACUUUGAGACUCAUAAUGUAAAUCUUCACGUCCAUCUCUGUGUCGAAUUUCUCCUACUCAGGCAGAUAAAGUUCGGUGCGAAAUUGACAGCGUGCGCUCAAAGCGACUGGCGAAGCGGACGAAAACGCAAUGUGUGUUGCAUGUGAAGGGAGUGCAGCGAAUGUGAAGUAAAAGACACGCAUGCACAAACGCAUUCAAACAAAAAUUCGAUUUCUGUGAACGCGCUGACUUUCGCACUUUCGUCGACGCUCACACAGCCUAAUCGCCUGCAAAAGCCUCGUAUGGCGAUCAUGCGUUCUCGGAUAUUUAACACCGAGCGCACUCUACACGCUGUGUUAGAUAUGUGCUGACCGAGCUCAACAGCAAGAAGAAGAAAUGUAAACAAAUAGUGCUGAUCAAAUAAAAAUAAAGUGCGCGUAAUUAAAUACGAAAUUGUGAUUUAGUGCAAAUAAAAGUAAAGUUAAAAAUAAAAAGUGCAAAAGUGCGUGCAAUUGAGUGAAAAGGGUGUUUGUAGUUCAGUGCAAAGUGAGAUUUAGUAUAAAUAAUAAAGUAAAAUAAAUAAAAGGCAAUAAUCCGUAAAUCAUGUGUUAGGGCAGAGUGCUAUAAAGUGCAAGUGGAAAGUGUGAAAAUGUGAAAAUAUGUCUUGUGUAGUGUUUAGUGUGAAGAGUGUAAAAUGUGUGCGUGUGUGUAGUGAAGUGAAGAGUAGAAAGCAGUGAAAAUCCAUGCAGAAAGUGUCUUGCCGCGGAAGUGGACACUCGGUGGCAGCAGCUUAAGUGGCUGACAGAAGUCGGAAGGCAUUUAACAUAAGGAAUGUCCAAACAAAUAAGAAUGCGCUGCUGGCAGACACGCUGAGACAGUAAAUAAUGCAAGAUUCUCAACAUUGCAUACACUGUUUCUACGCGCUUUAAAACGGUAA